GAUAGAAAGUCACUAUUGCAAGCCUGUGUCGUGGGAACACCGAAUUCCACUUCAGGGCUUUGAAAGAGAAUCAUUUGCGUCGCUGGAUCCACGUCAUCCGUUAACCCAGUCUGAUGUCAAUGAACGUGAGCUUCCCAAGGAAAUCGGAAAAUUAUGGAUGGAAGUAGCUCGAAGGUUGAGUUUUCAACAAACGGAGAUUGACGCGAUAAAAAUGGAAAAUCCAUCGGACAAGGAACGCUGCAUCGAUCUUUUAGUGCGAUGGAUGAAUAAAGAAGGCCGGGAAGGAGCCACAGCUGGAAAAUUGGCUGACGCAUUAACAAAGACAGGACUUAAAACUCUGGCUGAAAAAUUACUCGGAGCUAAAUAACUAUGUUGAGGCUAGUCAGAGCGAGAUUGUAGAGCAAAGAAUUUCCAGUCAGUUGGAAAAUCUCGAAGGAAAGCGGAAGGGGAUGGUCACGAGUUUGGAGAUACCCGAACUAAAGGCAGAUACUUUUGCGAGGAGCAAGAAGUUGGAUUUCAUCGAGAAACAAAGCCGAACUCUACAGGACCUGUACUCCGUAGUAACUCGAAUGACGAAAGAGGCCUGUCUUUGCAACUAUAUCCUUAGAAGAGCUUUCUACGAUUUUACCUACCAUAGCCUGAGAUCAGCACAUAAUGAUCUCAGCGCUCGUCUGGGGGACCUAGAAUCGGAAGAAGAGCGCAUGACGGAUGAGGAGAAAAGAAAACUGAAAACCCUUCUCUCAUACCGAAAAGGCAGGAUUAGUCAAAUUAAGCUGCUGGAGAAACAGUGGAUGCGACUUUUCUCCCCGGUUGAUGGGUUGAAGAAAUUUCCGACAGCUCCUUCCACUUCUUAUUCUUCGAGUCAAACUGAAGCAUCACCUCAGAUCCCCAGAGCAAAUUCAGAAGGAGCCCAGCCAAAGAAUAAGCCGUCAAAGAUCCCCAAAGGAAGUUAG